CAGAUCUAGAUCGGAGGGCCGCGAGCGGACAGCAGUGUGGAGCGAUGAGAACCGUGGAGGAAAUCCGGGCGGAGUACCCGCUGCACUGGCACAUCUGGCACGGCGAGCUCGAGCAGCUGCAGGAGGCCAUCGACCAGAACGAGAACGAUAAGGAGAAAAUCGAUCCCCGUGGGCGGACUCCCCUGAUGCUGGCCGUCCGAGUGGCAAAUUUGGCCUGUGUUAAGUGCCUGUUGACGGCCAAGUGCAACGCCACUUACGAGCACGAGGGCUGGUCCAUCGUCCAAGAGGCUGUUUGCACGGGUGAUGUAGAUAUCCUUACGGCCAUCAUUGAGGUUAGAGAUCUCCAGCGCCAUGUACAGCGAGUCACGCAUGUUCCCAAGCUGCUGCAGCACCUGCUGGAUGCUCCCGAUUUUUACAUUGAAAUGAAGUGGGAAUUCACCUCCUGGGUGCCCCUAAUGUCGCGACUGUGUCCCAGCGACACCUACAAGGUUUACAAGAGAGGAGCCAACGUUAGGAUAGACACUACGCUUUUGGGCUUUGACAACAAUACUUGGCAGCGGGGCAACCGUUCAUAUAUCUUUAAAGGAGCUAAGGAAACCGCCACCAUGAUCGAAAUCGACCACGACACGCACGAAGUGAUGGUAGCACAAAUGAGCAGCGAUAUUGGUGACAUUGUAGCCAUUCCACCUCCCCUGGGUACGGUGAGGGCGCGACUAAAUGCUCCAGUAAUCACCAACAAUAUUGAGAUGGACAAGAUUAGUUUUGAACGGAACAAAUGCGGUAUUUGGGGCUGGCGUAGCGAGAAAUCGGAAGUAAUCAAUGGAUACAACUGCAAGGUGUACGGCGCCAGUAAUGUUGAGUUUGUAACCAAGACUAGGAUGGAUCACCUAAGCGAGGAGCAGAUUAAGAACAAGACAGCGCGGACACCCUUGCAUAGCUUACUAGGAAUAGCCGAUGAGGAUUAUGUACCCCCCGCCGAUGCUACCGCUGCCUCUAAAGAGCGCACACCGUCGCCUCGAUUGGGAGAUAGUUCCCCAACACGAAUUGAAAACGGCAGCAGUUCUUCUCCCUCAGGAAUGCAAAGUAACGGCUGCACCUCUGCCUGCGCAUCCGUUGCAAGCACUCCCAAAUCUUCCGUUUCUCCCGAGGAGUACUUCAGUCCGGAUGUGGAUCUCCAGGGACGCGAUGUGGGCGGUCCCAAAAAUCUGAGCACAAAGGUUCAGCGCUUUAAGGCCAAUCUUUGGUUAGCCGAAGAGCAUCCGAUACGGCUCCAGGAGCAGGUGCUACCCAUCUUGGACCUCAUGUCCACCAUGGCUAGUCCUCAUGUUUCCAAAUUGCGAGACUUUAUCACAAUGCAGCUUCCGGCUGGGUUCCCGGUAAAGGUGGAAAUCCCGCUCUUUCAUGUCCUCAAUGCCUGCAUUACUUUUGGCAACGUGUUUGCCCUUACCUCGCCCGUGGACCACGUAGCCACUCUGCAAGAACCAGACCGGGUUACGUGCCUGGUGGACGAUCGGUGUUUUGAUGUUCCGGUUAGCUACACAAAUCGUGGGAGCGAUUCACGGCGGCAGAUGCCAAUAGACGAGGACGACAUGCUCCAGUACGCUAUUGAACAAAGUUUGGUGGAGACCAGAGGAGGUGGAGGCGCAUGUGGCGUAGACGCCCGUGAUGACGAUAAAGUGGACAUUUGGGAGGUGCUGAAAGGACAGAACGUCGUUGGAUCGGAUCUCCUUCCCGAGGAUGAUGAGCAACUACAGCGAGUACUUCAAGAGUCGUUAAUGGGCGCCCAUGGAAAUGCCCAAAGUGGUUCUCCAGUCUCCGAGGACGACGAUGACGGUGGAUUCCGGUAUAUGGACCCCGAUUUGGCCAUGGCCAUGAGACUGUCACAGCAGGAUCAAAGGAAAUACGAGUUGGAACGGCAACAGGAACAGGAGAUGAUAGAUCAAGCACUGAAGCUGAGCCUGCAGGAGCACUAAUGUCCUACCGGAAUUUCCAAAUUAAAGUUCAUCUAAUUUCUAGUGUAUAACAUCGGACUAUUUUGUAUAAAUAUUACGAGUACUUUAA